CCUGGCUCCGGCUACCUCACUUCUCUCUCUCUCUCAUUGCCGCCAUCAACAGACCGCACUCUGUGACGGAUCGACGGCUGUCAAUCUCCGACGCAUUUCGACGGCCAGAUUUCCGGCGUCUACGGCUACGAAGGGAAGAUUAGAAGAAGGUGAAUUGUGGAUGUGGAUAGGCAGUCGGAUAGUCAUCUGUUGAAGUGUUGGUGGUUGUUUUGAAGUAUGGCCUUGUCAGUCUCCAGAAGGCUGCUACGUUCAUUUGGUUCCCUAUUGGCAUCGGGCAGCUGCGACUCUUCGAGUGUAUUGUAUCCAUCAUUUCGUGCUUCUCACGGGGUUAUAUCUUCCUGUGAGGAAUCUUCGUCUGUUGUCAAGGGUGGAUCGUUAUAUUUUGCAUGUCGAAGGCUUUCCACUCUGACUCCUGAAUCAAAUGGAGGUGCAUUUCCCUCUGAUCUGUUGUCCAAAAAGCCUGUGAUAGCAUCUGAGCAUAAAACAGGGAGCUAUCAAGACCUCGUAAUUCCCGUGACAAAUUUUCACAAUGAAGACAAAGGCUUGAUGGUUCUGCCUGGUGAUGUUUUUGAUGUUCCUAUCCGAAAGGAUAUUGUUCAUCGAGUUGUACUAUGGCAACUAGCAAAGAGGCAACAGGGAACACAUUCGACAAAGACUAUCAGUGAGGUUAGCGGGACUGGUAGAAAGCCAUGGAAUCAGAAGGGUACUGGUCGUGCGAGGCAUGGAACUUUGCGUGGUCCUCAGUUCCGAGGAGGUGCGAGAAUGCAUGGUCCUAAGCCACGAAGUCAUGCUAUCAAGCUGAAUAAGAAGGUUCGGCGACUUGGGCUAAAAGUUGCUCUGACAGCUCGAGCAGCAGAGGGAAAGCUUCUUGUUUUCGAGGAUUUAGAAGUCCCAACACAUAAAACCAAGAAUGUUGUGAACUAUGUGAAGCAAAUGGAGAACACCAAGAAAGUUCUCGUGGUGGAUGGUGGCCCCAUAAGUGAUAAACUCAAGCUGGCAACUCAAAACCUACGUUACGUGAACGUGCUGCCCUCAAUUGGUUUGAACGUCUACAGCAUUUUGCAGCAUGACACACUGGUGAUGUCUCGUGAUGCUAUAGACAAAAUUGUUGAACUGAUGAACACUCCGAUUAACCGCUGAACUCCUGCAUUAUCUAUUCGUUGGCAUUAAUUUAAACUUAGGCUAGAAGCUCCUUUUGUUAUUGUGGAUGAUUAUACUAAGAAGAAUAAUGUAUGUUGUUUCUUUUGCAGUACGCAACAUGCAUGUAUGGAUAUGUGGAAUAUCUUGUAUCAAGUAUUUUGUUGUUGAUUGUCAUUGCAA